AUGUCCCACUACAUUGAAUCGACGUCGUACAACCACGAUGGUGAGUGUUUCGCUCUUGUCCCCUCACGAUGUCGUCGCGCUCGGUGACCACCGAAGCGGUGUGCUCGUGCUCGUGGUUCCUUCUUAUUGGCAUCAAGGAGGUACUUGCUGACUGUGCCAUUGCUUUUUUAUUUCAUGUGUUCUUUGCCCAUCUCUCGUCCGCCGCUCCGCUCUCUGGCGCCGUCUCCGACCUGCUAAUGGACAACCGUACGAAUACGAUGCGCCAUACCCCCCCGUCGCUGGUGACCGACCACGCGACCGAACAACGUGACCGACCACCGAACACGCCUCUCGGGCCCGCGCGGCUGGUGCACAUCUGACCUCCUUUCCCGACCGACCACGCACCACCCCUGUCCCCCUGCCCACCUUUCGCGCCUUUUUCGCUUGAACGAUCUCAGUUGUCGACCGAUCGCCACGGCCCCGCGUCGCGCCCGGCCCAGCGGUGGCUGCCUUCUCGGUUGAAUCGUCCACGACUGGCGCACCCUACUCGUCCCCUUCGCAACCGACCCCGACGCAGCACCACAGUCCGGUGCGCCACUCGGCUCGCGGCAUGUCGUCGCACCACCACGCCCACCACGCCCAGCACGCCCAGCACCCAUCGAACCUGCAAUCCCCGCUGUCGUCGCCUCAUCUUGGCUUUGCCGGCUCGCCCCGAUUCAGCCACGCGCCAGGCGCUCCUCAGGCCCCGGGCCAGGGCGGCGCGCCGGCAACAGGCUACGCCGGGCCUGGUGUUCGCAACUACCACAACCUCGAGAUGGCAUCCUACCCUUCUAACGGGGCGGGUCCGUCGACGCCGCACCACCAUGAUAUGCACUCGUCACCCAUGAUGGGGGGCUCGCGCGUGCACAGCCCGGCACCGGCUUUGCAAUCGCACUCGCAUGCCGGUUCCUACUACUCGGCCUCGACGCAGCACACGCCCGUCUUGGGCGGCCCUUCCGCCGCGUCAUCGAUCAACGAUGGGCCCAACCCCGCCUCGAACAACCACAACAGCAACAGCGGCUCGGCCGGGGGUCAUCACUCGGUCCAUGCCUCGCCGUACCACACCCCGAUACUGCGCCACUCGGAAUCACGGGAGCCCAGCUCGCCCCGGGUCAUGACCACGUCGACCUAUUCGCCGACGAUCCGGGUGCUGCAGUGGACGCCUCAGCACGGCGACGAGGGCACGCAGGUUACGAUUGUGCUUGACUCUUACGCCAUCAACGGCGCGCCCGCGACACAGUACUCGAUCGCCGCCUUCGGUCCCGGCUCGUCGACGAGCGGCCAUAAGACGGCCGUAACGCGCCGGUUCGUCGUCGCGUUUGGUGUCGCUGCCGCCCCGACCCGGUUCGCCCGAGCGCAGAACAUCGAUGGCAACGGCGUCGCCCAGUCCAUGUCGGCCGGACCCAACGAGAUGGACGCUUUCGUUGUCUUGUCGACCUUUGUGCCCGCGCGGCAGUCGAUGGGCCCGCUCAACGAACGCGUCCUGGUCAGUGUGCGAGUGCUCGACGAAGGCUCGGCAAUUCUUGAGGAGACCGUCGUAGGCGAAUGGGACGCCGCGCCGCCGCUGCCGCCUUCCCCCGUGCGGCGUGCCCUACCCACGUUCAAGCGUUCCGGGGACGAGCUCGAGGUCGCUCGUGACGCCCCUGGCCUGCGCAGCCCCUUGGUCACCCAUUCGACCCCGCGCCGCAACCGAGAGUACCUCUCUCCGCCGCAAACGAACGGUCAAUUCUCAUCGCCUGUGCUCGGUGGCGGCGGCGGCGGCGUCGGGGCGCACCACCCCGAUCGCUCGCCUCGCCUUGACGACAGCGAAACGGCAGCCUCGGCCAGUCUACGACAUCCUCCGCUGCAGGACGAUCAGGACCCGGGCGAGAUCGAGGCACCCCCGUCGCAACCAGAUCUCUUAAGGACCUCCCAAAUCCCGCCCUCGCUCGUCGACGACACGGGCUCGUCGCUCGUCACCUUCUCCAACAAGGCGACGCUCAAGCUGCAAGGCGAUUUGAACCAGAUGGCGAUGGGGUGGUCGAACGAGGAAUGGACGAAUCGACGCCGGUUGAUCCAAUUCUGGCGCAGCCAAGAGGGGAACCAGAUCAAUGCGACGUUCCGACCGAUCCUGCAGAACGACUUUGUCCCCAACUCGAUCGUCAUCUCAUGCAUCUUCCGCGACGACUGGAAUGAGUGCUUCGUCACCUCGGUCGACACGAUCUACCUGCUCGAGGCACUCGUCGGGGUGCGCUUUACCGUUGAAGAGAAGAACCGCAUUCGCCGCAAUCUCGAGGGCUUCAAGCCGAUGACGGUCUCGAAGAGCAAGGCCGAGUCGGAACCGUUUUUCAAAUUGAUUAUGGGUUUCCCGAACCCCAAGCCGCGCAACAUUGAAAAGGACGUCAAGGUCUUUCCCUGGAAGGUGCUCGCCGGUGCUUUGAAGAAGAUCAUCAGCAAAUACGUGAGCGUUUUCUCUUUGCUUGCUUAAAUCAUGGUCUCGCACGUGCAGCUUUGCCCACGUCUUCUCCGUGGCAAAACAUUCGAGCUGACAUCUAUGUCUCACCCUAUAACGCUUCCUUACCCCCCAGUCCGCCACGUACACUGGUUCGGCUUCGAACGAGCUGAUCAAUGCGGGUACUAUCCCUCUCACCAUCUCGAACGAGGCCUUCUCGCAACCCCAGACGCCUCACAUGUCGCCUGCGAUGAGCUCGUCGGCGCAUUUCGCCUCACCGCACCUCGGUCGAUCGGGUUCAGCGGUUCCCUCUCCGCACCUCGGCGUGAGUGAUCGAUACGGCGGCGGUACUAGCGGCGCUGGUGUCAGUCUUUCAAAUUCGCACUUUGCCAGUCCGACAUCGGGUGGUUCGGCCCGACUCGAGUCGACGCACGUGCCCUCUUCACCCCACCAGCACAGGGCGCCGCCAUCGUCGUACCUCUCCUCCUCGGUGCCCGCAAGUCGCAGCAAUCCCACGAAUGUCCCAACGUCCUUGAACUCGAUUUUCCGUCCCUCGCAUUCUCGUCCCGGGUCUUUCGACUUCAACUCGAUCCUCGAAUCGUCUAAUUUCGCCCCCUCGGGGUCGAGCAGCGCGUACGAUCGUCGUCCUUCGUAUUCGACCAACUUGGCCCAUCCGCACCUCUUCCCUUCGGCUGAGGACUACGGUAUCUCCCCUUCGUUCAUGAAUGGUGGUGGCACCGCGUUGAGUGCGCCGGCGAUGUCGCAUUCGCGAUCCUUCUCCGAAGGACCUCGACGGGAUUCUCUGACGGGCCAACAAAGUCUGGGGACGUAUUUCGCUGCGCCUUCAGCUGCGAACAACAACACCUACUCCGCGAACAAUUAUGCGUCCCCUGAAGUCGUCUACAACCAGGACCAUACCUCGACUUCGCCUGAUACCAACAAUGGCGCAGAGGAGAAGAUUGAAGACGCGAGCGCUGUUGCUGGAACGUCCACCUCAACGACAACGACCACCGCCAGAGCGGCGCCGGCUGACACCAACUAA